AUGCAUACGGAGUCCUCUGCGGUCUGCGGUCUGCAGUCUGCGGUUUCCGGGUCUGUGGCCUGUGGUCAGUGGCUCUCAGCGGCUAGUUUGGCUAAGUCGGUGCGACCGUUGCCCGCAAAAGACGCCCAUAAACGACCGCCAACAACGACGGUCGACCCGCCUGGAAGGCCAAUCAGGGGCCCGGGCUCGAGACGCAGCCGGUGGAGCCAGCAGCAACUAAGACGCGAUUGGCAUUUCGGAGCGAACGAAAGUACGAGGGGCUCGAGAGGCCGUGGGAGGGCCUGGCGGGGGGUGGAGGGCCUCGUCGACCGCGCUAAAGGUGAAGAAUCCCAACGCAGACUAGCGCGAGCCGGUCGAGUCGACUCGCGACGACGCGAUGGCAAGCAAAGCAGGCAAACAUGGCCUCAGGGGCUAAACCCAAAUCUCGUGCACGGCGAAGAGACACCGAGGGCACGAGAGAGCACAAAGUACGGGCACCCUAUCAUUGCGCCCCUGAGACUUCCACUUCUCUUCUCGCCGGCCUUGAUCCUCCUCCACUUCCACCCCCCAUCUUAUACUCCUCGCCGCCCCGUGGAGCCCGUCCAGGAUCGCAGGAUUCCGCCCUCCUCCUUCUUCCUCCACUCGUCCCCUCUCGUCCCCGCCCGUCCCGAGGAUGGCGUCGACGUCCAGCGACGAUGCGGCCCUCCUGGCCGCGCUCGGCCAUAA